UCGACCUCUCCCUCCCUCUGCUUCUCUUUGUGUCUAUUUCCACAGUUGAUCGACACAGAAACAAAGCAAAUGUGAUGUCUCGUCUUCUCUGCGUAAAGGACAAGCACCGCGUGGACGUUCUUCACUUUUACGCACGAAUCCUCCUUGACUUUUAGACAGAUUGUUGCUGUUUCUGCGUCUGUUGAGUGUCUCGCUGCUGGUGGGGAUCAUGCUUCCCAGUCCGGUGAUGACUUCGUCCACCACGCCUUUUUCGGUGAAGGAUAUUCUGAAGAUGGAGCUUCAGCAGCAGACUCAGCAGUUCAUCUCCUGCCUCGGUCCUCCUCUGGCUAAAGGCUUCAGCUCCCCAUCGCCUCCUUCCUGCAUGUUGGCGGGCAGAGACAGUCCAAGUCCACUCAGCUCGGUUCUGUCCGAGACUGAAGAUCGGAUGUAUCUGAACUCGGUGCAGGAGUCAGGGAUGACUGUGGAGAUGUUCGGCAAUCAGGGUCCGAUCCAGACUGGAGAGCUACGCAUGGACGCCGACCAGAACCGCAAAAACUGCGGGACCCUGCGUGGAGACUGCGUGGACCCAGAUUCGGAAAAACCUACGGCCAAAGCUCACAGGACCCGCAGGAAACCCCGGGUUCUGUUCUCCCAGGCGCAGGUCUACGAGCUGGAGCGUCGCUUCAAGCAGCAGCGGUACCUGUCCGCCCCGGAGAGAGAACACCUGGCCAGCUCCCUCAAACUCACCUCGACCCAAGUCAAGAUCUGGUUCCAGAACCGGCGGUACAAGUGUAAGCGGCAGCGGCAGGACAAGACCCUGGAGCUGGCGGGUCACCACCACCAUCACCACCCUCCACCUCCACCCAGGAGGGUCGCAGUGCCUGUUCUUGUUCGGGACGGGAGGCCGUGCCUGGCUGGGUCUCCCAACUACAACACGUCGUACUCAGUCGCAGCGCCGAACCCGUACAGCUACAACUCCUAUCCGAACUACAACAACUACAGCAACUACUCCUGCACCUACUCCAGCCUGCCGCCCCUGCAGAGCCCCAACUCUGCCGCCUUCAUCAACAUGAACAUUGGCAAUUUAGGAGCACAGACUCAGAACCAGGCUCCUCAGGGACCAGUGGUACCGGCCUGCCAGGGGACUCUACAGGGCAUCCGGGCCUGGUAGCGCCACAGCUGGACUGAACACAAUUCGGAAGAUAAAAAUGGACCUCGACUGAACCGUGGCAGAACUUUUCUGAGCCUGAACAUUAAAUGUGGAUUUGAAUGAUGAACAAAAAUAAA